AAAUCGAGUGAUUCCGAUUCCUGCGAGUAGCAGGAGUGCGCAUGUCUACCCAAGGUCGCAGGAUUCACUGAUUCAUUCACGGAAAAGUUCGCGUAACUUGGAAACAAUUGCCAGGAAGUUAUCGAAGUUCACGCUCCUAAAUGUCUUCAGCCGGUUCCGCAUCCAGGACGGUCCUUGCCCGAAAACCGGCACUAAUAGUAUUUGAUUUAGAUUAUACGCUAUGGCCUUUUUGGGUAGACACGCAUGUUACGCCGCCGUUUCGAAAAGAAAAGGGGCACGUUCUUGAUGCACAUGGCAGCAAAGUGAAACACUAUCCGGACGUCCCCGAAAUUUUAAAACAAUUAACUGACGACGGUUGUAAAAUUGGAAUUGCAUCCCGUACGAGUGAGAUUCGCGGAGCGGAAUCCUUACUGCAACUCUACGAUUGGAAUAAAUACAUUUCCUACAAGCAGAUCUUUCCUGGUUGCAAAGUUACCCAUUUUGUCAAUAUAAAAAAGGACUCAGGUAUAGACUACAGUGAGAUGAUUUUCUUCGAUGACGAACAACGCAAUAUCAAAGAUAUUCAACGAAUCGGUGUUACCUCAAUCCUAGUCAAAUCCGGCGUCUCCAAAACGACCAUCGAAGAAGGCCUACGUGAGUUCGCCAAUAAAUCCUAAGUACCACAGCUUUAAACACACGGCAUGUAAUGAAAUAAAAGGACCAACCACUUAUA